GAAAUAGCUCCUGAGCCUCUCCCACUGAUACACCCCCCUCAUGAGCUACUCGUCUCUGCGUACGAGCUCUUUUUUUCUUUAUUUUCUCAUUUUCAGCGCGUAAUUGCUUGUUUUCUUGCUCAGAUAAUAUGUGUGACGGCUCAACGGCUCAACGGCAGACAAACAGCGCCAACAUAUCAAACGAUGCCAUACAAGCAAUAUGGGCAAACAAGGGCUUAAAAUAUGCCUUGAUGCAUCGCGAUUUAGCAGCCUUUAAUAAGCUGAUUUAGCGCAGUUUUUGAGGGUGCUGGGGGGCUGUUUGAGCGCUGUUUUAGGAACUAUUUGAUUAAUGAGGCUUGCUUCAAUAGCUCUUUGACAUUUGCAGGUGUUUUGGGGCUAAAGAUGCUUGAUCGACUGGUAGGGCGGCUUCC